AAAAGGCCAUGCAUGUCUUGAGAUCAAACUUUUAACCAACCAAACAACACAAGAACAAGAGCUUAAACAAUUAAUGGCAUCCACAGGCGCUGUCGCUUCCGUCCUCCUCCUCGCGCUGGUGGUGGUUGUGGCCACUGCUGAUUACUACGUCUCACCACCACAACCUUACGUUCCCAAACCGUUGACUUCACCGGUUAAGACUCCAUACUUUCCAAUACCAAACCCUGGCAUCGCCAUUGAAGGUUUCAUCUUCUGCAAAUCUGGCUACGAAACCUAUCCUAUCCAAGGGGGCAGGGUUAAGGUUGUGUGUCCUAUCGUGGACUCCUACGGAAAGUUAGUGGCUAAGGUUACGAUCUCGAGCUACCCAACGGACUUGAAGGGAUACUUCUACUUCAUCACGUACGGACUUUCCCACAAAUUGAAGAAUAUCAAUGGCUGCAAAGUGAAGCUCGAGAGCUCUCCGGUCUCCACGUGUAAGAUUCCGACCAAUGUCAACAAAGGUGUUAUUGGAGUUCCACUCUCUUUCGACAACUCCAACUUCCAUAGCCGCGAUAAUUUGAAUCUAUACACCCUUGAACCUUUCUAUUUCUCUAGCCCUGUGGUUCCCAAACCGGUUUACUAGCAAAUCAAUCAGUAGACCGUGGUUUAUAUGUUUCUUUAGAUUGUUUCCUUUUACUCUAAUUUUUUGAUUCUUGGCCAUGUUUUGCCAUUUUGACUUGCAAUGUAUAAAACAUAAAGUAAACCUUAGUUUCCUAAGAAGAAUAUGAUGUCAACGAGAAGAGAUUCAAGAGAACCAUGCUGAUAUAUAAUAACCAUGG